CAAAUUAAAGCUUUUAUUUUGAAGGCUCGCAUCUUGCGCCAACGCUGUAACUUGACUUCCCGGCGGAGUGGUGGCGGUGAAAGUGGCGGAGGGAGGCGGCAGACAUUGUUGUGGUUGUAAGCCAGCUCCAGAGGAUGAGCGUGGGUGAUGAACAUCAUUUAACGGAUCAAAGCUUGUGCUCGCUUUUUUUAUUUUCGAGCCCGAAGAAUGAAUUGGUGAACGGUCUUCCUGCGCCGCACAUCCGCCAGAGUUCAUUCAGCCGGAGCGAGCGGAGGAGCGCAGCCCGACGAGAGGAUGAAGCCAGCGGCGCAAAAACCACAUCUGCAGGCUGGCCUUUGAAAACUGCUGGAGGGGGACUCAGUUGAUCCACCGGGCCUGAACAGAACCAGAACAGGGCGGCACUGCCUAAAAAAUAAUUAAAUAAAAACACACACCGGAAGAAAAAGCAAAAAAGAGCGUGUUUUGGCCUUAUGCGGUGCAGUGAUUUACUGUCUGCAGCACUCGGGAUGUGAUGAGCGCUCCGGAUAGGAAAGCAUCCACCUAGUGGUGUCUUCUCAGGGCUACUCUGUCGUUAAAAAACAAUGGGCAGCGACGGUGAAAUUCUCAGCAGAGAACUGUCAAAGAUGUCCGACGAGGAUCUGCUGGCCUGCUCCAAAGAGGAGCUGGUGAACCGGCUGCGGAAAGAGGAGUCGGACAAGAUAUCCGCCCUCAUCCAGCGCGGAAGGCUCAUAAAGGAGGUGAACAAACAGCUGCAGGGCCACCUCCUGGAAAUCAGGGAGCUGAAAGUCAUCAAUCAGCGCCUGCAGGAGGAGAACGUGGAGCUGCGAGACCUGUGCUGCUUCCUGGACGACGACCGGCUCAAAGUCAAAAAGCUGGCCAGGGAAUGGCAGCUGUUUGGCCACCACGCGGCCAAAGUCAUGCGGGAGGACUUGGGAGGCUACUUGAAAAAGCUGGCCGACCUGGAGCGCAUGCAGGACGGACUGGUGAAGGAGAAUUUGGACCUGAAGGAGCUGUGCCUGGUGUUGGAGGAGGAAUGCGUCAGCAGGAGUGACUCCAGUCCAGGAGGGUCAACUGAGCUCAAUCUGCCGUGCAUGGUGACCCGGGACCUGGGGGAUGGAAGCUCCAGCACAGGCAGCGUGGGGAGUCCAGACCAGCUUCACCUGGUGUGCUCUCCAGAUGACUGAGCUCAGCUUCCAGUCAUGAGGUCAUGUGCGAUGUUAAAGGGGUCAUAUUGUGCAAAACUGUUUUGUAUCUACCGCUGUGGUUGCGCUUUCAGGUCAAACAUCCUCAAAGUCCCACAAAUCUAUGACUGGGCUUGCAGAAUUUAUCUUGCUUUAAAGACAAUUUAGGCCAGAAACAGUCCGUUUUAGAUUUCUGUAACAUAUGUAACAGAAGCACAUACCUACAAUCUGUUGCCCAGUGACCCGA